CGAUGGCGCUGUGCGAGGCGGCGGUGUGCGGAAGCUCUCUGCUCUGGCCUCGGGUGUUGCUCUUCGGCGACUCCAUCACCCAGUUUUCUUUGCAGCAGGGUGGGUGGGGAGCAUCGCUGGCUGACAGGCUGGUCGGGCCCACGGGAGAAAGCAGGAGGCCGUGUCGGGAGGGGCGCGUGGCAGAGGGACCGCAGCUCCAGCCCAGCCUCCCUUUCUGUGCCGGCAGCACCGCCCUUUCUGUCCCACACCGACAGCUGCCCUUCGGAGGAACGCGGUCUCAAAAUGAGAGCCCCAAGCAGCACACGCUGGGGGAGCACGCCGCGAACCUGACUGGCAUGACGUGGCACCUGCAGUCCGUGGGCGUGCCCAAGGGCAGGCUUAUCCUCAUUGCGCCGCCGCUCUGUGAGGCCGCGUGGGGACAGCAGUGCCUCUGGCAAGGGUGCAAAUUAAAUCGCCUCAACUCGGUCGUUGGUGAAUAUGCCAGGGCCUGUUUACAAGUAGCCCAAGAUGGGAUUGAUGCACUUGACCUGUGGACCCUGAUGCAGAAGGACAGUCAGGACUCUUCUUCCUAUUUGUCAGAUGGACUACAUUUAUCACCAAAAGGAAAUGAUUUGUUCUCCCAUCUUUGGCCUUUGAUAGAGAAGAAAGUCUCUUCCCUGCCUUUGCUGCUUCCUUACUGGCGAGACAUAGCAGAAGCAAAAGCAGAACUAAGUCUUCUGGGAGAUGGGGACCACUAGUCACAGAAAACCAAGUCCAGCUGUUAAUCUACACAAAGACCCCAAGAUAAGUGGUCCCAGAAGAUUCUUUUCUCAGGUUUAAACCUUUGCUCAUGACCCUGCAAUAAAAAUCACUAACAAACAAACAUCUGCCACCAAGAUUAAUAAAAGCAUUGGAAUUUUUCAGGACAGCUUUGUACCUAGGUACAUCGUGGUUUAAUAAUAAAUAUUUAUUGAUUGAUGCAGGUGUCAUCAGUGCCACAGCUACAAAAUAUACCCUGAGCAGCCUGUUAAUUUUAUAAAUGGAAA